AUGUCCAAUCUGAGCAAUUCUCAGAUUUUCGACGUGAUUGAGGAGGACCAGUCCUUAGUACUUUUCACCCGAGAUUCUAUUGCCCAUUGGUCAGUCGCUGUCUCCGAAGAGGACAUGGAUUCCCUCAGAACCCGCUCAACGCCGCUCCCUUUUCUCCCUGAAAUGGACAACCUUGACCAUUCAUCUAUGAGGAACCCUUUUGAGGAUGACACCGCAUCAUUGGAUCGGAAGCCGCCAUUAGUGGCAGCGUCGCUGUUUGUGAUGGAGGAUUUUGCAAGCCUCCCACGCGAUCGACAAACCGAACUCCUUUCUCACGCCGACACGCGUGAGAUGCACUUUGGCCGGUUGAGCCGUGAGCUGCAUUGUGGUUCAAUUAUUGAGGCAGGAAUGGAAUCACUAAAGGCCAAUCCAGCGUUUGCUCACUUCUUUAAGCCUGUCUCUGUCCCAAUUGGGGGUAGUCCACGAGCUCGGAGAAUUGCUAUGGAUCACGGAAACGGCAGCGACUUUGACAACGACGACUUAGACGACGACGACCUUGACGACGUGGAUUAUCACUAUCCCCGGCCUAAUGACCUUCCGACCAUGACUUAUAUACGGAGGGUUGGUCGCCAAAACGAGGCCAGGUUUAUAAACUAUGGAGUAGAUGAGGCUCCAUCGUCGGGAUGCUCAGCUUCGUCUGUCAACACAGAUCUCACAUGCAACGAUGUGUCCCCUGCGGCUCCACCAACAGUCAUCGAACCAGAGGAGCGGGGUGAACUUUUGAGGCAGGCCGCUGAGGCGCUGGAUCCAAGAAUUUUUAGUUACGAGACUUACAAAACUAUACGCGAGGGAUUGGAAUUGGGCUAUGACCGUACAAUGACGGGCAAGACGUCUUAUGCGAAUUAUAUCAAGGAACGAAAGGCCUGUUUACUCAAAAUGACUGCAGAGCUUGAGAACUUCGAGUCGUUUGAGGGCUGCAAGACUCCUUAUCCCAGAGUUUCUCCGGAUAGCCCUAUCUAA